AUGGAUCUGAGAAACGUUCCCUAUCGCUCAGAGGUGGUUGCGUGGAGCCCAGAUGAGCUAGCAGAAUAUUUCAAGAUGUUAAAGUACAAGGAUUGUGAGAAAGUCGUGAGGAAGCACAGCAUAAAUGGACAGAGGUUUUUGAACAUGUCUGAAAAUGACAUCCAGAAAUUUCCCAAACUGAGAGUGCCCAUUAUAAGUAAAUUAAGCCAGGAAAUUAACCGAAAUGAAGGAAGAUUAUCAUUCUUUCCAAAAAGGGCCCAAACGCAAAAGUUUCCUGAAAACCCAGGAUAUAGUCAAGAAGAAGAUGAUGACUGGUCUUCAUUUGAUGAAGAUGAUGACUAUGAAAGCCCCGAUGAUGAUCAGGAAAAGGAAGAGGAGGCUGACUAUGAAUCACCCACGGAAGAGCCCGAGGAAGCAGAACACGACAGCGAUGGCUAUGAGCCGCCUCCAUCCAACGACGAAGCACACCACAAUGUCAUAUUUCCUGCCAAAUCACUUGCAAACAACACGGAUUAUAUAGACAGACCUUCAACAGCCAGAUCAUCAAAUCAGCCUCCGGUGCCACCACAGCGACCUGUACCAGCCCCGCCUGGGGGAAGAGCUGCUCCUCUGCCACCCUUUCCUUCUCCAUUAAGCAACAGUGACUUGAACAGAGACAGAAAUAUCAAGCCUCCAAAACCCCCAGCUCCUUCCAUAGACAGAAGCACAAAACCCUCCCUGGAUCGUCCUGCUCCACCGUUGGAAAGAGAAAGCCCAGUAUCAGGAAGGAAGACAAGCUUUCCUGAAAAGCCUCUGACUCCACAACUAAGGUCCCUGGGGGAGCAGCUAGCAAUGAUGCCAAAGCCUCCUGUCCCACCAAGUGAUAGACAUGAAAGAGCCAAUCCAUCUCCCUUAAGAAAGCAACACCCUCAACACGCUGUUAAGCAGGGUUGGCCACCACAGAAAAAGUCUGAGGAAGAAGACGAGACUGCACCCCAAAGGCCAGUGCCACAGCUGUCUUUACCCCCUUUCAGCUCCAACACGUUCCCUUCGAGAUCUAUGAAGCCUCCACCGAAGCCAGGAUACAACAGUAUGCCUGGUGCAGAAAGUGCUAGCUGCCUGUCUUCCAGUGGCUCACUGCCACCGCGCUUCCAGCUAGGCAACAACCAGAGAUCUCCUUCAAGAGGCAAAGCAGAUGUAAGGCCUCCAUUGCCAGUUCCUAGCAGGCAGACUGUUCACCCACCAAACACAGAGGAAGAUGAGGACUCACUAAAUGAUCAAUGGUACGUUGCUGAUAUUAGCCGGCCGGAAGCAGAGGCUGCUCUUCGCAGAAUUAACAAGGAUGGAACUUUCUUGGUGAGAGACAGCUCAAGAAAAACUGCUACUCAUCCAUAUGUACUGAUGGUUUUAUACAGAGAUAAAGUAUACAACAUUCAGAUUCGUUACCAGGAGGAAAAUCACACAUAUUUGUUAGGAACUGGCUUAAAAGGAAAAGAGGAUUUUUCUGCUGUAGCAGAUAUCAUCGAUUACUUCCAAAGAACGCCCCUUCUACUGAUUGAUGGAAAAGACAGGGGUUCAAGAAACCAGUGCAUGUUAAAAUAUGCUGCAGGAUAUGGUUAAAUGAAAGCCUAAUGAAGGUCACUGUACAGGAUCAAACUCUACUGUAGUCUGUAAUCCUCAGGGU